AGAACAAAUGAAAACAGCUUGAUGUUCAUUUUAGAACCUAGCUCUCAGAGGUAUAUAAACAGCUUGAUCUAGCAGUCAUUAACCAAUAACGUAAAGAACAGAGAAUGUAGAUAGAUUGAAGAUGAAGAAGCCAUCUUGUUUUUGUACUAUUUUCACGCAGUUGUCUCUUUGCUUUGCUCUCUACCUUGCUCUCAACUUGGGUCAGCCUAUUUACAGCAAGAGAAGUGAUAGUAGAGCUCUUGAUCUUUACUUUAUCAGUGUUAGAGGGGGUUUCAGACCUCUUAAGCAACAAACCCAGCUUCUAAAACUGAUGGAGAAAGUGGCAAAGGUUUACAAUGUGAGUUUUGUGGUGAACACUAGUGAGCUGGGCGAAGACGAUCCACUUAUGCAGAAUGGUACUAUGCUUUUCCCAUCACUGAAAGUUCCCUGGUUUACUACUAGAACAUCUAAAGGACAUGGAGAAAGUUACUUCCAUGAGCAGAUAAAGAUACCUUUCGGGAAUACUUUAGACAUUAUUGGUGUGGAUACUGGGUCAUUGCAGGAUUCAAUGCUUACAGGACCAUCAAGGGAAAUUGGACAAAAUCAGUUACAUUGGCUGACAAAGAUACUAGAAGCAACCAGUAGUAACUGGCGUAUGGUUGUUGGAUUCCACCCGUUGGUUGAUUGUGAAGAGAACAAAGAGCAAGUGGAGGCAAAGCAAUUUUAUGAGCCUCUACGCCAUAUUUUUGUGAAAUUUGGAGUUAAUGUGUACCUAAGUGGGCAGGGUUGUUCUAAACAUGUCAAUCAUGUUAAUGUAGCUUACAUUGGGAAUCCAACCCCAAGAGAGAAUGAAUCAUAUUUUACAUCUGUGAAGGGAAAGUCAGUCUUUAAUGGAGAAUUGGUUAAUGGGUUUCUUCUUCACAGAGUCAGCUCACUAGAGAUUGUAAUCUACUUUAUUAACUCGGCUGGGGAAGUUGUGCAUAAAACUGUACUCCAACAGACGGGUAAGGAGGUGAUGUAAAAUUUUUAUUUGAAGCCAUGAUGAAUUUGCUUCAAUGUUUUUCCCCCACAUGUACUUGAAUUGUCCCCCAAUCCGCAAAAUAUUUCCCAUGUAGAUGCCUUUUGUCUUCAAUAGGCUUUCAACCCUCUGACAUUAUAGGUGUAAGUGAUAAUUCAGCUUGAAUUUUUUUUUUCCUUCUUCGUGUAAACUUGCAAUUUGUUUCUUAUUAUAAAUGGUACCUUUAGCAAGA